CAUGCUCUCAUUGUUGAAUUGAUCCUCGAGGAGGACGGACGCGUUUCUAACCUUCCCUGUAGGCUUUUAUACUCAGUAUGAUGUGCUCCGGAUGAAAUCCAUCUUUCCUAUUCUGAUCUAGCUUUAGUGCCAGUGUUUGUGCUUGAUUUAAUAUUACACUUUUGUGACUGAAACGCACGCUAUUGUUACGCCAUAAACUCCAUCGGGGUGAUUCGAAGUAGGAAAACCGUGUGCAAUUUUGUGUUUGUUUUCGCAUUUUGGUGCAUAAGGCUUGCCAUUGUAGUGCGCGUAACAGCCGUGUGAAAAGUUUAGUAGUUCAAUUGAAACGCUUGAACGCGGCGAGGAAGACGCCAUCCAACUAUCAAUCAUCUCUUGGAAAAGCUCCGUGUGCAUGAACCUCUUCGUCGGUUGCUACUCAACCUUGCCGUGUCCAUUUUUCCUGCCGCAUUAUUUGGUGCGAUUAAUUAAGUCAAUAAAUUGAAAGUGAAACUCUCGUUUGGCAGCGUCGUUCAUUAGCGCGUAGCUUUGCGACGUUGAAGCACGGGCCGGCCCAAGCAGGGGUGGCUCGGUGGUCAUUUAUGAUCGAUAGUGCAUAAAACGGUUUGCAAUCGCACAUUACUACACUGUAGGUAGCUGGGAAAAGUAUGCACAAUCGAAUGCUGGUUGGAAAAUUUAUAAUCAAACCAUAAUCGACGGCAGCGAAAACACGUCAAGAAGUGAUAGCGUUGUAAUCGACGAGCCUCACAUCUAGGACAAGUUAAUAACACCCGCACGAAGCUUUGCAUCGAAUCGUGGAAAAUGGCAUUUUUCAAGAGCAUUUGGAAAAAUAAUUCAAAGCACAAAAAACUAUGCGAGGAACUAGCUCUGGCAAACAAUAUUCGGGAUUUCUCGGAUAAUCACGACGAACUAGAGGAUGGUUUCGACGAUGCUAUCUCAUACAGCGUCAAGUAUUUGGGGAAUACUUCAAUCCCUACCCCACGUUCGGAAAGCUCAACAGCGGACGCAGUGAAACGAAUCAUAACGUCCGCCAAAGGUAACAAAAAACUGCAACGUGUGACGCUUUCCAUCUCGCCGAAAGGAAUCGAAAUUCAGGAUCCUACCACCGGUGAAAGCAUUCUGCAGGUGUCCAUCUACAAUAUCUCCUACUGCUCGGCCGAUGCUGCCCAUGAUCACGUGUUCGCCUUCGUCGGGACUACCUCCAGUCCGGAAUCAGAAGUCAAAGAAAUGUGUUUCCGGAAGGAAGCCGAAGAGGUCGAGUUCGAAGGUCCUCUCGUGUGCUAUGCCUAUCUGUGUCAGAAACGCAAAAUGGCUCAAACGGUUACGCUCACCGUGGCCCGAAGUUUCGAGAGGGCGUAUCAGAUUUGGCAAAACAAGCAGUUUCAUGCAGAGCGGAAGAAAAAGGAACUGGAAAAGUUAAACGCGUGCAAUCGAGCAGAAAGUAGUGGGACCAGCAGUCGUUACGGUCAGCGGAAAAUAGCGGCAUUGACGGAUGAAUCCGACAACCGAAGUUUGCUGAUCGACUUCAAUUCCGACUUAACUGCAGAAAUUUGCUCUAAAGAUCAUCGCGAUCUGUUGCAGAAUACUUGGGUAUCGUUUGACGAUGACAAAUCAUCACAAGAAUUCUUCGCAGUGCCAAGCUUAAAUGGGUGGAACCGGAGAGCUAUUUGCUCGAAUUGAAUUAGAUUACAUGGAAUAUGGUUUCUAGCUCCUAAAUUCUCAAUAUUUUGAUUAUAUUAAGCGAUGAUUUAGGAUUCCCAUUUUUAAAACAAAUGUGACAUGUGCGUAACUUAAAGUAAUUGUGAUAAAUUAAACAUUUUAC